AUGGAGAAGAGCUUUUCUGGUAACAAGAGGAGCCGGGGAAACGCCGAGGAGUCCCCGGAGGCGAAGCGUCUACAUGCCGAUCUCAUCUUUGGUAUUCUGGAAGAUGAUGAUAUCGGCGCCGGUGAGCGGGAUCCGGCGAGUCAGGAGCUAGAAAUAGUUAUGAAGAGCUUAGAAGAGGAGAUCGGCCGGCCGGCGGCGAUGGGGACGGCCGGGGAGGUUGGGGAGGCUAGGGAGAUGGAGAUCGGGUAUCUGCUUGAGGCGUCGGACGAUGAACUUGGUCUUCCGCCGGCGGGGCAGUCUUCGCCGGAGGAGGAGGCUGAGACGGCGGAGGGAUUUGGCCGGAUCUGGGGAUUUGAGGAGGAUGGGGUCCCGGGGUGGUACGAGGGGUUUUCUGACUUCGGUGGGAGUCUGGUGGAGGAGAGAUUUGGUUCUGCGGAGGAAGGAAGCACCGCGUAUUUUGAUGCCGGACUUUUUGAUCUGCCGGAUUUCUACUUGCGGCCGGAGUCGCUGCCGGCGAUCUGA